UUCUCUAAUGGAAAUCGAAUUCAUAAUCUUUUAGAUAUCUACUAGGUGAUCAAAAAGAUUUAGUCACUAAACCAAUUAGUUUGGUGUCCUUCCAUAUCUUUCAUAGUUCCAAUGUCAUAAAAUUUGAUAUUUAAGAUGUUUUCACAUGUAUUCAUAUCCAAAUGUUGACGAUAAAAGAUUUUCAUAUCUUGCGGGUAGAUUUGGAAAAUUUCAGCUUAAUUCAUACUUUACCUGUGCUAAAUAACGAUACUAACACCAUUGCAAAAUAGGCUCAUGUACACGUAGCAACCAACUUACCUAACAAAAUAAUAUAAUGUACGGAUAUUAGAAGUCGACAACAAAAAAACAUUAACCAAAAUAAUAUGGCACACUAACAAUACAUGUAAUGCUAUUAACAUUUUGUACACACGCUGUUGAUAGAGUAUAUGUAUUCAAUAACCGUUUGUACACACUAAUGUCUUCAGUUCUGUAAUUAUUCGUCCAUUCAGAUUUAAACUCGGUGCGUAGUAAACAAACUUUUGACAAAGAAAACAAAGUCUAUGACCUCAAUCUUUAUUUAAUAGAGAAAAUAUAAUGAUACAUCCCUUGAUGCUCAUCGGUCUAAGUGAGUUAGCUCACGCCAAACAGCAAGCAAUUAAAAUUUAGACGUAUUGGUUACAAUACUAAAGCAACGCAUAAUCUAAACAACUAAUUUCAUUGGUACAAACAAACCCGCAGCUCCACUGCAACUGCAUGCACAGAUCACGUGUCCCAUACAAAUAUGACCCCCUCCAUCUCGAUACAUAGUAUAUUAUACAAUGUUGUGAUAUGGUUUUGAGACUUGUAGCAACACGUUAAGAAAAGGUAAGACAACUACUUAGGUGUCCUAUCUUUGGAAUAUAUUCAUUUGAAGUUUGUAAGUUUUAAUUGACAACAAAUUAUAGUAUCGUUGUAGACCGUAGGUGAUCAAUCUCAUGAACGAUUGACACCCAUCCAAUUUACCACUGCAUUACUUGACUUUUUUGGUACUAUACCAAACACACAAAUUAUGAUAAUAACGUUUACAAUACGGAACACGAUAGAAAAUCUAUUACGAAACAACUGAUGUCAUGUACUACUAAACAUUACACUGCUUUAUACUGUCGUGAGGAAAAUGAGUUGGGAGUACGAACGUGCGUUUACUCGUUUUAUUUUUAGAUAUGUGAAAUUCGGAAAAAAGAUUCAUUAUAAUUUUAGCCUCUCUUUUUCAAUAGGUUUUUGAUAAUAUGUGUGGUAACAUAAACUGAAACUGUGAGGGGAAAUAUGAGUUGUUGAGCUAUAUAUCUUUGAUAUAAAAAAAAAAGAUGAUGUAAACAUAAACACUGGUUUUUUUUUUCCAGAAUUAGAAAAAAAAAACACUUGGUUAAAUAUCAGUGGAAAUGAGUUUUGAACGAAAUGUUUUGUGGAGAUGUACAUUUCAGCGGUUACCAUGUGUUUACUAAUUCACUGAAUGUCUUUGUCAAAAAAAAAAAAACAUUCACAGAAUACAAAAUAGUAAUAUUUUCAUUUUGCAGGAUCUUUUGUUUUCUGUUACCAACUUGCGGAGACUGAUUUAUGAUUAAUAAUAAUUUUUUUUUUGAAAAUGAUCGAACUCGUUUUAAUAGGUUAAAUAUUCAAAUAUUUUUAGAAAUACGCUAUUUUGCUGAGAUUCUUACCAUUAAAAAUAAAUUAUUAGAAGAUAUGGCUUAGAAAUUUGAAUUUUUAAAAUUUGGCUUUCAGAAUUUAGUUUUAUGGUUCCAUAUAACGUACGUGUUUAAAACAUAGUCUAAUAAAUAAUCUAAUUGUUUCAGUUAUGCGUUAAAAAGGCCAAUUUGUCAAAUCAAGUUCCGUAAGCCGUAAGCAUAUAGGUUCGGCGUCAUCAAUCUCUUUAAAUAGACAGUAACGUCAUCUCUCUCUUCUCAUCAUCAUUACAACCAUCGAAACAGUGUCGUACCUCGUACGUAGUCUCUCCAAACGUUUCAUAUUUCAUCAAGAGAGAAUCGUGAGAGAUAAGAGACGAUGCAGAGAUUCUCGGCGAAAAGUACGUUCCAAAACAUCCCCAUUUCCCUCCUGCGACGAUGCAUCUCGUCGACGUCUCAGACGGCAAUGGCUGCUUCCGACGAAUUUCUUGGGAGGCUCCCGCCGUUUGAGUACAUCCCGCCGCCGUAUACAGGUCCUUCCGCUGAUGUCAUCCUUAACCAAAGGAAGGAGUUUCUUAGCUCUUACACGUCUUGCCUCUACAAAAAGCCUUUGAACAUAGUGGAUGGGAAGAUGCAAUAUCUAUUCGACGAGAGUGGUCGGAGAUACUUAGAUGCGUUUGCUGGUAUCGCAGUUGUGAACUGUGGGCAUUGUCACCCUCAUGUGGUUAAACCAGUCAUCGACCAAAUCAAACGUCUCCAGCAUCCUACCACUCUUUACCUUAACCAUGCCAUUGCUGACUUCUCUGAAGCUCUCGCUUCUAAACUCCCUGGUGAUCUCAAGGUUGUGUUUUUCACUAACUCAGGGACGGAGGCUAAUGAGUUAGCACUCAUGAUGGCUAAGUUAUAUACUGGAUAUCAAGACAUUGUCUCUAUUCGAAAUGGGUAUCAUGGUAAUGCUGCUGGAACUAUGGGUGCUACUGGUCAAAGCAUGUGGAAGUUCAACGUGGUUCAGACUGGAACUCAUCACGCUUUGAACCCUGAUCCAUAUAGAGGUGUGUUUGGUUCUGAUGGUGAGAAGUAUGCAAGAGAGUUGCACGAUCUCAUCCAAUAUGGCACGACCGGACACAUUGCUGGUUUUGUUUUUGAAGCUAUACAGGGUGUUGGAGGAAUUGUGGAGCUAGCUCCAGGCUAUUUAUCAGCAGCUUACGACAUUGUAAAGAAAGCUGGAGGGUUGUUCAUUGCGGAUGAAGUACAGUCUGGUUUCACUCGAACCGGCGAUUUCUGGGGCUUUGAGGCUCACAAUGUUGUCCCUGACAUAGUAACCAUGGCAAAGGGGAUUGGGAAUGGGUUUCCUUUGGGGGCAGUUGUGACAACUCCAGAGAUUGCAAGGGUAUUGACACGUCGAUGCUACUUCAACACGUUUGGUGGGAAUGCUGUGGCUACUACAGCUGGUCUCGCUGUUUUGAAUGUGAUCGAGAAAGACAAGCUUCAGGAAAAUGCAUCGAUGGUCGGAUCUUAUCUCAAAGGAAGACUCGAUCAGCUGAAAGAGAAACACGAAAUUAUUGGGGAUGUACGGGGAAGAGGACUGAUGCUUGGAGUAGAGCUGGUGAGUGAUCGCAAACUUAAAACUCCUGCAACUGCCGAGACUCUUCACAUCAUGGAUCAAAUGAAAGAGCUUGGUGUUUUGGUUGGGAAAGGAGGCUUCUUUGGAAACGUGUUUAGAAUCACACCACCUCUCUGCUUCACUAAGGACGACGCAGAUUAUCUCGUGGAAGCCAUGGACUAUUCAGUGUCCAAGAUGUGACGAAGAGGAAUAAAACACACAAUAAGUUUGUAAAUGAUUGAUGAACCAACACCUCGUUGCUUCUCAAUCACUAUAUUUUUCUUUAUGCAAAACUUUUUUUUUCUUCCAUCUUAAGCUACAAAAUGAAUACAUAUACAAACA